AUGGGGAAACAUCUUGACCCAGUGGAAACAUUACCUGAAGCCCCCCCGUACCGUCCCUCGCGAAAUCGGCUAUAUAAGUGGAAGAAGAACUUUUGCGUCGUUUUCGGUGCAUAUUCAUUGGCGGUUGGUGGCUUUGAUGAGCUAAGAACCUGGGGAUGCCAACAUAGCACAUUUUUAUAUGAUAUAUUCAUGCGCUUAGGCAAAAUGCCAUGGUAG